CCACAAUGAGGAAACGAGAAAGCACUGGGAGAGCAGGGUUAGAGAAACAGAAGGUCAGAUCAUCUACAACUCCCCUGCGCUAGAACAAUUGGCGUGCGGGUACCACUCUCAUAAUAGCCUCUCCGUAAAAUCUCCUGUUCUUAGAUACGACGAAAGAUGUGGUAAAUUACGAAGUCCUCGGCUGGAAUCAAGUGGAGACCGUGAUUUCGACCAACCCCCUCUUUUCGAAGAGAUCCAUUCCAUCCGAAUACACAGAAGUAGAGAUAACUCAUCCAGUAGAAUAUCGCAGUUUCAGCCAAAUAAGAGCCAAAUCGUUGUUUCCCCUCUCCUCUGGGCAGUCAGAUUUUUUGUUGCGGCAGUUUCCAGAGUUUGGGCUGCGGAAUAUGUGGUCCAAGAUCAAGAUUUUACCACCACGAUGGAAGGUGAAAAGCCUACAUCAAGCACCAGGCUGAAUGUGGUCCUCGUCGGUUCUGGACACGAAUUUUCUUGACAUUCGUGCUCCUGCCGCUGCUGCCAUUGUCGCGCAAAGCUCGGCGUCUGCAGUAACGCCCUGCAGAGACGGAGUCAAUCUCUGCUAGAUAAAAAAAGCUCGCGAUUACACCGACAACCCAUAGUCGUCGUCCCGGAGAAACAAGGACUACAUCAUGGGAAGCAGCCCUGACAUGGGGAAGGACGAACUCAUGCGUCCGGACUACGUUGUGCUAGAGGAAGAAAUUGAAGACAACUACCAGCCUACGGAAGAAGAGAUCAUUGAAUAUGCGGAAUGGCUUGGAAUGGAGUUGCCUCGAGACAAGGACUUGUUGUGGAUUGCUCAUGGAGGAUUGACGAAGCCCCUGUCGACGGAUUGGAAACCUUGUAGAACCGAGGAAGACGAGAUAUACUACUUCAACUUCGAAACUGGAGAAAGUCGCUGGGAUCAUCCUUGUGAUGAAUUCCAUAGGAACUUGCUCAACGCUGAAUGCCAAAAGCUAGGAAGGACGCUGGCGACGCAGCUUUGGAUGCAGAGUUCACCCGAAGAAUCUUCUAGUCAGACUUCGGUCUUGCGCGACGAUCAAAACUAUAAUGAUGAAGGAACGCAUGAAGAAGAGAUGGAUAUCUACAAAUUGGCUACACCUUCUCGAACGCUCGGGGAACAAUUAUCGGAAGCCGGUUUGAAUAGCGGUGUUGCAGUCUCGAACCGUAGUGGGAUCUCCCAGAAGUCUCCAGAUGAUGGAGGUGGUAGACGCAUUGACUCUGAUCCGCAGUCGGAGGGAGGGUUCCAAAUGGAGCUUGUUUCUGAGAUGCGGAUUGAUCGAAAGGACGUUAGGACAACCUUGGCUCCUUUGAAGUCCAGACCGAGUACGGAAGUACAAACUUCGUCACCACGGACGGUAGAGGCUCAACCCGGCAGUAAAGCCGAGGUUCGUAUCUUGAGUUCUAGCAAUGAGGAAGAAGAGGAGAGGGAGAUGGUUUCAAGUAGAGCCCAAAUGAUGGCAAAAGUGAGGAAGAAAAUAGACGAAGAAGAAAAAGCUGUCCGUGACCAAGCACGACGAGCAAUGCAGGAGAGGGUGGAUAUGGUGAUCAAUGUGGAGGAAAUGGGAUUGUUAGCAGACGAACGUGAAAAAAUGUCUGAUCAAGUGGCUAAAGAGGUGGAGUUGCAUAAGCAAGCGGAAGUUGCUAGACUGAGAAAAAAGCUUGGGAUAGAAGUGGCUGAUCAAAUGGCAGGUGAAAGACACCAGAUGUUGGAGAAGGAACGUGCAAAGAUGUACGUUGAAGUGGCGAAACAGGUACAAGAGGAACGUGCAACUGAGAUUCUCAAAAGAAAGGAGAUGCAGGUUACUGAGAAGUUCCAGUUGGACGAAGAUGAAGCAGAACAGCUGAAGAGAAGCGCGAAAGAGAACAUAAAACUAGAGCAUAGCGAAUAUGACGAAAAACGUCGCAGUGAAUUUCUCGAUUCGACUGACAGCAGCGUGCAGGAUCCAAGAACGUUGAAGCAUACGUUGCAACCGGAUUUCUGUAGCUUGCUUCAAUAUUCAAGAAACCAUCCACAAUUCCAAAGCCAGUUCUUGACAGGAAUCGAAAGAAGAGAAAUUGUUCGAAGUGCGAGGGAGAAGGUAAAGCUAGAGGAAAUGCUUUUUGAUGAAAUGAGAGAGGAGAUGGUAAUUCGAGUCAGGGAGAGCAUAAGUGUUCUUGAAAGAAGUAUGUUUGAAGAAGAACACAGAUUGGCAAAAAUCAAAAUGCGAGACAAAGUCAAUAAACUUUACAAAGAAAUAGUGGAGAAGGCUGAGCUUGAAUUGAUCGAGGAGAAAGAAAUCAUACUCAGGUCCAAGAUAGAGGAUAUGCAGAACAGACUCCAGGAACUGGUCACAUGUGACACCACGCUAGGUACCGGAAGACUCACCUCGACUAGGCUCAGUAAUCAUCUUCCAGUAACAGCAACGUCUACGCAAUCAAAAGUACAGGCCUCAGGUUUUUCCUCGAGAGGGAGGAUGUCCACUGCUGCUCUAGGAGGGUUUGACGUACCUGUUGCUUCCUUAUGUAAUUCUGUCAUUCCUUCAAACCUAUGGAGAGCUGAAGAUGACGAAGAAAAGAAUGUCAAGGUAGAACAACUAUGGAGCAAUAAGGAUCCUUAUGCUGGUGCCGGGAAUAUAAUGGAGGUCACAGUCAUUCCAGAUACCGUACCGAGCUUGCAAGAACGGAGGGAUCAAAUACAAGGGAAAUCAGCAAAGGUGUCGCAAAGGAAACACUCCACGGACUUUGACAUUCCUGUUGCUUCAGAUAAUCUACAUCUACGUCUUACCGAGUCGAGUUCUCGUUCAGAGGACAGAAAAAACGUGAAUGUAGAAAACAUCCAGAAGGGACGGAUCACCUCUGGCAUUGCAUAUGAAAGAUCAAAGAUUCUUGAUAGUUCACUUGACAGCAUCCAAGGUUUGAAGAGUUCAAACAGUGCGGUGGAGGAAACUAUAAAACAUCUGUUUGAAGACUUUAGGAAAAAGCUGAAGCAGGAACUGCUCGAUAUGAACGGACAUAGACGGUGUACUUCUCGACCUUACGAUACUUGCCAGGAACUUUGUGGGGUCUCUGAUUUGCCACAACCCUUAGGGUGGACGAGCGGAAUGAAUAUCAAAGACCUGAUUCACUUUUGGAGAAACGAGCUUCAGGAUAAGUUUCUUACGCUUAAGGACGAAAUGAAGGAAGAACUGAAGACCUUACUCAAACUCAAAGAAGCAAUACCUGAAAACUUGCCAACGAAAGAGCUACAAGCUCAGAGAAUAGGACCAGGGAUGGCCGAAUUGCAACUCGAGCAUGGUGGGGCAACAGAAACGCACAACACAGAAGGGCGCGUCGCCGAAUCAGACAUUUGCAAAGAUUGGAGAUGUGAUGAAAACCAGAGCCACCAUCUCCGCUAUCCCCGCAAUAACACCAACAUUGCAGAUAAGGGAGAAAGACUGGAUAUUCAUAGAGCAAAAGACAUCUCCGACAAGACCAAGGUGUCAAACGUACACCAGUGGAUUUCUCAAACAGAUGUAUCUAGCGAGGCGAAUUCUACACCUGAACUUCGAGAUGAAGAGGAAAUGGAGAAAGCGUUGAAUCGCUUCAAACUGAAACAUGCUGGCCAUGUCACAUACCAUCCUUCGAACCAGAAGACUUUACAAAGUAUGCAACUUGGUGUGCCUUCGAACUUUGAAAAAAAAGUUCAGCCACCUAGCAGAAACAGCCAGGGUGAAGUUUUGCACCAUAGGCUUGCAAAUCAACCUAAAUGGCAGGAGUUGUCGCAAAGUAGUAGUGGGCUAGAAUUCUUCGCUGCAGAUAGCCAAGCAGCGUUAAAAAAAAGGUCGAAUUUACGAACUGCACGCAUGAACAAGUGGGUGCAAAAACACAUAAAGUGGAUCAUGCAGCAGGUUUCGUAUGGCUGGAGGCGAGCAGAUACCAUCUGUUUAAAGUGUGGCAUGGCCAUAAAACAGAUGGUCCGUCGAUUGGACUCAGGAAGGGCAAUCGUUGUUUCUCUAGUUCAAAAGUCUAGAAGGGAAUGCAAAAUGGGCCGCUGUAAAGGAGCAGAGCAUGUCCGCGCGAGUGUAGAUGCAGAGGUUUCUAGUUGGCAUGACAGAAGGCUGGAUAGAUCUCCAAACAUAGACCCGAGGAAACGUCACAAGUAUAUGGAUAGUUGGAUGGCAAUAGAAGAAAUAGGUCAUACGGAACAUGGAACUUUGAGAAACGUGGGUUUGCGGCAACCAUCUGGAGCCGAAAAGAAGAAUCCUUCCGAUUUUCAUCUUGCACUAAAUCCGCAAAAGAACGACGGUGCGAUGAAGUGGCUAUUUUCAGAUUCCGAAUUAGAGGAAUUGAGAAAUCUAUGGAAUAUGGAUGCAGAUUAUGAAAACCCAAUCAGAGCUAAAUCCCAACUAAAGACAGCUAAUCGAUAUAAAAGCGUAGUUGAAGCGCCUGACAAGUGGACUCCAGGAGAACCAAUUACUAGGGCAGGUAAUAGCAGCACGUCUCAGGAAAUAGAAGACAGGAGCUUAGUCUCCACUAGAAAAAACAUAGACCCUGAAUCCGGUCAAGGAAAGUCAUCUAUGGGUAGGAAGAAAAUGAGCGAUAUCGAUAUGCAAGAACUAGAAGAUGCCAUAGCCACCUUCAGGCAGAUUCGAGAGAGCCCAACCUCUGAAGUCAGUGGAUUGGGACCAUCUGACAUACAUGACUGUGAGCACGAGAGUUCUUGUGAGGUUUUGAAGGUAAGGUCUAAUCAGGAUAGAGAAGGUAUGACAAACAUAGACAUGGAAUCCUUGUUGCAACCCAGUUAUCAGGCUUCGGUUACUGAAAGGAUCUCAGAAAUUGAAGAAGUUGGAGAAAAGGGACCUGAUUUUAUAACCAUAGAUUUCAAGAAGCCACGAAACAAUGGAUUAGCACUGCAAAGAACGCAGACAUUAUCAGACGGGUACCUGAGUGAACUUACCGAAGAUAGACGAGUUUCUCAUUCCACGUCUCAAAAUGGAGUCAGUUUGACAAAAUGGCGAUUUUAAAUUUCGGUUCAAACCAUUUCUUUCUUUGAAAUCGCUUGGGCCAGAUGAUGAUGGACGUUCACAGGUAUCGGGAAAUCGUCUAUUGGACCUUAUGAGAUUUCUACCCGCUCCCACGCGACAGUUAUCAACGCCUCCCUCAUACGUCUAAGUUAUUACAAGUUACGUACACACAGGGCUCCAAUCCACAUAUCAUUCUGAGAACAGGAAGCGCAAGUCUUCAGAAGACUAUGGAGCACACGAAGAAGGUUUUACUUUAUUUCUCUUCAGGUGGUCCAGUGGUGAAGCUGUAAUUUUGGUUUUGGUCUCUUGCAUGAAGAUUUGAAUUUGAAUGGUCAAAGGAGAUUGGAGAAAAAAUGUGUAGGAAUCUCUGCCUUUCGUCCUCCCAACUGAGGUGUCUGUAAUCGCACAACGUGUACUAAAGAAAUUGC